CGCGCUCUGAUGCCGCAGCUCCGGUCUCUCUCUCUCUCUCUCUCUCUCUCUCUGAUGAUAACACAGCACAGUCAUGGCGACAGUGACAGUCCAACCGCUCGCCCUGGAGCGAGAUGUUGCCAGGGCGAUUGAGCUGCUGGAAAAAUUGCAGGAGUCAGGUGACGUCCCGGGUCACAAGCUGCAGUCCCUGAAGAAGGUUCUACAGAGCGAGUUCUGCACAGCCAUUAGAGAGGUCUAUCAAUAUAUGCAUGAAACAAUAACAGUGAAUGGCUGUCCAGAGUAUCAAGCACGUGCCACAGCUAAGGCCACAGUGGCAGCAUUUGCAGCAAGUGAGGGUCAUUCUCACCCGCGGGUGGUGGAACUGCCCAAGACAGAUGAGGGGCUUGGCUUCAAUGUGAUGGGCGGAAAAGAGCAGAACUCACCGAUCUACAUCUCCCGCAUCAUCCCAGGGGGCGUGGCUGAGAGGCAUGGGGGUCUUAAGAGAGGCGACCAACUACUGUCUGUCAAUGGAGUGAGUGUCGAGGGUGAACACCACGAAAAAGCAGUGGAGCUACUGAAAGCAGCCAAGGACAGCGUCAAACUGGUGGUGCGUUACACCCCUAAAGUCCUGGAGGAGAUGGAGGCGAGGUUCGAGAAGCUUCGCACCGCCCGCAGACGCCAACAGCAGCAGCUCCUCAUUCAGCAACAGCAGCAGCAAAACCUGACCACCCAGCAGAACCACAUGUCGUAGGUGAGGCUUUUCAUUGCUUUAAGGGUAACAGGACCUCAGCAGGGCAGUUCACGGAGAGGUUAGCUGCCCCGUCACCUCUUGAGGCCUGUGGGAGAUACAGUACUACAUGCUGCCUGUCACCAGUGGAACAUUGAAAGAUCACACUUAAGGGACUUUAAAGGCAAAAUAACUAUUUAGAUGGAAAUCGAACAUUAUUGUAUUACAAGCUUAUUUAGUCUGCAAAUCUCACUGAUGGAACUAUUUGUUUUGGUAAUGCUUUACAUUAAAGGGAUAGUUUACCCAAAAAAGU